CAGUCAUACCUCCCGACUAUACUCAUAGUAGUCAUCUCGUGGGUCAGCUUCUGGCUGGACGAGGAGGCCAUACCCGCCCGCAUCACCUUAGGGGUCACGACCCUACUCACCAUCUCGUCCAAAGGCGCUGGUAUUCAGAGUAAUUUGCCGCCCGUUUCGUACGCCAAGGCUAUCGACGUGUGGAUGGGUGUGUGCACUAUAUUCGUGUUCUCAGCCCUAUUGGAGUUCACCUUGGUCAACUACCUGUGCAGAAUCAAAGCCAGACGCAACCACAAGUCGCGUGCUUUUCUGUUUCAAGAG